AGGCUUUCCGGCAGGCGGUGGAGAGACCGCUUUCCGGCGGCGCCCGGAGAGAAGCGCCAGCAGAUCUCAGGUGGUAGCUGGUGUCUGAGGAGCCGAACCCCAGAGCGGGGCUGAAACUGUAGCGGGUUCCGCCAGCCGGAGGGCCGCACCAGGGAGUCGCCGCCGUCUCGUCUUCUUUCUCCGCUGAGGUGCCGCGCGGCCGGGCAGCGCAUCCAGGCCUAAAGCGCGCGCCCAGGGCCCUCCCGGGCUCAGCAUGCCCGGGGUGAAGCUGACCACCCAGGCCUACUGCAAGAUGGUGCUGCAUGGAGCCAAGUACCCCCACUGCGCCGUCAACGGACUCCUGGUGGCCGAGAAGCAGAAGCCGCGCAAGGAGCACCUGCCUCUGGGCGGCCCGGGCGCCCACCACACCCUUUUCGUGGACUGUAUCCCCCUUUUCCACGGCACCCUGGCCCUCGCCCCCAUGCUGGAGGUGGCCCUCACCCUGAUUGAUUCAUGGUGCAAAGAUAAUAGCUAUGUGAUUGCUGGUUAUUAUCAAGCUAAUGAACGUGUAAAGGAUGCCAGUCCUAACCAGGUUGCUGAAAAGGUGGCUUCCAGAAUCGCCGAAGGCUUCAGUGACACUGCGCUCAUCAUGGUAGACAACACUAAGUUUACAAUGGAUUGCCUGGUACCUACGAUCCACGUGUACGAACACCAUGAAAACAAAUGGCGGUGCAAAGACCCACAUCAUGAUUACUGUGAAGACUGGCCAGAAGCCCAGCGGAUCUCGGCAUCGCUCCUGGACAGCCGGUCCUACGAGACCCUUGUGGAUUUCGAUAACCACCUGGAUGACAUUCGGAAUGACUGGACCAAUCCAGAGAUCAAUAAAGCUGUUCUCCACCUGUGCUAGGGAGGGAUUUCACGGACUGGUCUCUGGGCGUUUCCACUACCCUGAAGAAGAAAACCUAUUUUUAAAUGUAAAUCUCAUACCCUGUGUGGAAAGCUGACAGAUUUAGGAAGUGUCAUGUGUCUUGAAAGAGGGCAGAAUGUCUAAUCAGUCAUCUUUUUAAUGUCAAGUCUCUAGAAGAGGUACAACCUAUUCAGUCUGACUGUCUCUGUGGAUUCUUUCCCAGUUGUUUGUUGCUAUAAUCUUCCAAAUCAAAGCUAUUUCUGCUUGUCCAAGAUUGUUCCUAUUAAACAGUUUUAACUAAC